AUGGAAGAUGACUUUAAUAAAACAGUCAUACCAAGUGCAUGAAAGGUCAUCGGGAACUGUGAGCAGUUCUGUGAAACUGAAAAUGAAGGAGUCAUAUGUUAAUGUGCUGCUGGCUAUGCCCUGGACAAUGACAAAACCUGUGUUUCUGUAGCUGAUUCCCGGAAAGUGACCUGUUUCCCUGCAAACCCUGUUCCAGUUCAAUUGACAGAAGUCACAGGAAUCACAGCAAAUCAAGAUGCUCAUCCUGAAAAUGAGGAAACCACAGAGGCCGCAAGCAGCCAUCUGGAGGUCACCAGAGAGGCUGGCAGUUUACCCAGGAUGUCCCCAUGGCAGUUUUCUUCUCUCUCUUUGCCAGCUGUUCUACUAGUAGAUGAGUAUAAUGAAUGGUUUUGCAGGGGGACAAUUCUGAAUGAGUAUUUUAUACUUUCUGGAGCUCAUUGA